UUCCAAACUUACAUAAUAACGAAAAGAGAAAUGUCAAAAUCGUCCUGAUUGAUACAGAAGAAAAUAUUGUGCAGUCGCAAAAGUUUUCUACCGAAUUUCGCAACUAUAAAAUACGGUACAGGAAUGUCGCUGGUCAGGAUAUUUUCCCUUACAAAACAUAGCAUCCGUGCUCCUCCUGCGCUGCUUCCAUUUCGCUCGUUCAGCAGUGCUCCGAAGCCCUCAGCCGUCGAUACAAGCGAAUUCUAUUAUGUGAACAAUGAGGAAAAAAGUAUGGAGAUGAAUGAGAUUACGGAUCGCGCUGCACAGACCAUUUUCUGGACGGAGUUGAUGCGUGGUGCAGCUGUUACUCUGGCGCAUAUCUUCAAGGAACCGGCCACCAUCAAUUACCCCUUUGAAAAGGGUCCCUUGAGUCCACGGUUUCGCGGAGAGCAUGCUUUGCGUCGGUACCCGAGUGGGGAGGAACGGUGCAUUGCCUGUAAGCUGUGUGAGGCAAUCUGUCCAGCCCAGGCUAUCACAAUCGAGGCGGAGGAACGAGCCGAUGGAAGCAGGAGGACGACCCGCUAUGACAUCGACAUGACCAAGUGUAUCUACUGCGGUUUUUGCCAGGAGGCUUGUCCUGUUGAUGCCAUCGUUGAAGGGCCAAACUUUGAGUUCUCAACGGAGACACAUGAGGAACUAUUGUAUAACAAAGAAAAGCUUUUGAGUAAUGGUGAUAAAUGGGAGUCUGAGAUUGCGUCAAACAUUAAUGCGGAUUAUUUGUAUCGUUAAUGUUAACACGUACUGAGCAGUCAUGUUGUACGCAAUAUUCAGCAAACAGAUAAAAAGUGAAUAAAUAGAGUUAUACAAAUAAAAAA